UUAGGUGUGACUGGACAGAGAAAUACAGAGUGACAUGGAGGACUACUGUAACAAAAUCUGGAUGAAGCGGAUAUUUUUCAUUCUGCUUGGUGUCGGGAUGAUUGCUAUUAUUCAGAUGAGCUCACAUGUUGAUUUCUUCUUUCACGGAUACCAUUCCAACAUUUCAAACUGGUUACUGAACGGAAUAGGUCGCCUACAACACCAAACAGCUGAUUGGCAAACACGGGGCACACACGGUAUUUCCUGUAAGAAGCUUGUGGCUGGUGAUGCUGACGAAAUAAAAAAAGCAAACGCAAUUAUGACCAAGGAGUUUCGUUCAAGCUAUUUACCUGAAAUUUACCCUGCCCUGACAAAUGAUUGUGAACAGUAUAAGAGAACACGGGGUUUCAUAAACAGCACCAUGACGCCCGGAGAAAGGCAGUUUCCCAUUGCCUUCAGUAUUCUGGUGUAUAAACAUGCAGAACAAGUGGAGAGGCUGCUGCGAGCAGUAUGGCGACCCCAUAACGUAUACUGUAUACAUGUAGAUUCGAAAUCUAGUAACAUGUUCAAAGCUGCAAUAAACUCAAUAAGAAAAUGCUUUGACAAUAUCUUAUUUCCCCCUAAGCAAGUCAGUGUCCGGUGGGGAACAUAUACAGUGCUGGAACCAGAGCUACUUUGUAUGGAAGCUUUGUGGAAACAUAAAACUUUUUGGAAAUAUUUCAUCAACCUAACAGGCCAGGAAUUUCCAUUGAAAACUAACUAUGAAUUAUACAGGGCACUGGAAGCUUAUAAUGGCACCAACGAUAUUAACGGAGGUUAUAAAGGGGCUAAUCUUGGGAGAUGGAAGGGCCGUGGAGACCCUCCGCACAAAAUCCGACCACGAAAAGGGGGCGUUCACAUCGCUGCCACCCGGGGGUAUGUCGACUACCUACUCCACAACAAUGUGUCACAUGACUUAUUGGAGUGGGUCAAGAAGACAGGUGUCCCUGAUGAAACCUACUUCGCCACCCUGAACUACAACCCACACCUCAAAGUCCCGGGGUCUUAUAAAGGAGAUGUGGACGAUGGGCUCCACCAAGCGAUGGUCCGCUACAAGAUCUGGGGCGAACGUACUAAAUGUUCCGGGAAGCUUACUCGCAGCAUAUGUAUCUUUUCUGUAGGGGACCUAGUGCGAAUGACGUCCUCUCCCUUCUUAUUUGCAAAUAAAUUCUUCUACGACUAUCACCACCUUGCUUACGACUGCCUUGAGGCCUGGCAUCAGAACAAGGUCGCACAAGAGCUGCAAAGACGUCUUGACUUCAACACAACAGUCUAUAGCAACAGAUGGGUGGUCAAACAUCACUUCUAG